AUGGCUUCCGUUAAGCGUUUUUCCCCUACUGCCUACGCAGGCGAUGUCUUGGAGGCCAUCAAAGGCGAUGGAGCUGUCAUCAUCGAAGGCGCAGCCAGCGUCCAGACUGUCGACAAAGCCCUGUCCGAACUUGGCACCAUCUCUGACAGCCGGGUCUAUGGUCUCGCCGGCAAGAGUUCAACUUUCACCACCGAGAUGCUGAUGAAUCCUUUGUACAUCGAACUCACCAAACGUCUCCUUACUGAUACCUGUGUCAUCUACUACGAAAAGGAGAGAACGGUCUCCACUGCCGAGCCGCAGGUCUCGAUGACUACAGCUCUGACUGCGCAACCCGGCCUUCCGGGAUGGGGUCUCCGCCGUCAAGAUGAGUGCCACCACACCAAGCAUCCCGCAAAGCGCGAGACGGACUUCGGCAUCGCGUUUGCCGCUACGGAUAUUACGAAGGAAAACGGGGCUAUCAGAGUGGUUUUGGGGUCCAAUAGAUGGAACGACAUUCGCGACCCUACGGACGAUGACGAGACGCUCGUAGAGCUUCGCAAGGGUGAUGCUCUUCUCUGCUUGGGGUCCGUUUACUAUGGUGUGACCUCGAACACUUCCUCGGCCCCGAGUGUUCUUCUUAGCGCCUUCUCCACUCCGGGCUGGUGUCGCCAGGAAGAGAACCAGUACUUGGCCAUUCCACUUGAAGUUCUUGAGACGUUUCCAGAAAGAAUCCAGAGAUUCCUCGGUUGGUACGUCAGCAGGCCCUACGGAGGAGCGGUUGAGCACAUGGAGCCCUUGGACUUCCUCAAGGCGAAGGGAGACUGGUCGAAGUACGUCCCUGUGGACCUAGUUUAG